CAGUACUACUGUACUCCAAGGUGAGAGGAUAUUAUGAGAAGACAAGAAAACUUUUCAAAUGUGCACGGGGUCUAACAUCGAAAAUGGGGACUUAUAGAGAACAAGUAGGUGGCAACGAAGAAUUUAUUUUAGAAGACAGUAUACCCCAAAACACUGGCCACACAGAGACCAAAGAGGUUGUAAAAAAACAAGGAUCACUGCUGAAUGAAAACGUUUCAAGGGCAGAUCUAGUUAUCAACCUUGAUGAUAGUCCCAGAUGUCGGCGUGCAGACGUGUGCUGUGUUGAGAAAGAUGUAAAUGCCAACUUUUUGUCACCCCACAGUCCAAAUGAACGCUCAUGUACAAUUACGAUGUCUCAAGAAAAACCACCUUUUACUCUAGAAUGUUCCUCUCAGAACUCUACUCUCACAGAGUGUCAUUCUCGAAGUUGUGAAACGCCAGUUUCAAUGAAGAGUCUUGUGGGAUCUUUACCACUCUACAGUCCAAACCAGUACCGCAGGCCUCAAACGCCAUCUCUUGCCCCAGGUUUGGCGACUCCAUUAGUUUUGAACUCCUUACAAACGUUACAGGAAGGGCGAUCGCCGCAUGAAGCCUUCCCCGACAUACUGUAUUGGAUUGAACAAGAGUCAAGUGGUACCCCUGUGCAAACAAAAACUGGGAUUGCUGAUAUUAAAAACACAGGCAUUGAAGAAUCGACAAUGAAUGAUACAGAAUUCCUCGAGCUUUUGAUUGCAUGGGGGAAAAAGGCACAGUCUGAGAGAAGCACAUCAAGAGUUUUGUCAAGGGUGCAGAAAAAAGAACAAAGCUUGAGAAGAAGAGACAAAAAUGAUGAUCUACCACGUGCCACUAAGAAAUGCCGCCAUGCCAAGAGGAUGACGGAAGACGAGGAGCAAGCCAUCAAAAGGCUUCAGAAAGAACGGAAAAAAGAGCUCAAGGAAGAAAGGAGAAAGACCCUGCCACGGAGCGGUGUUCGAAAGAGUUGCAGGUUGAGCAGUAGCGUUGAUGCCAAACAUUUCUGACUGGGACAAAAAGCGCUUCUCUCAAGCUCCUUACACAAACCUGUUGUGAUGCUCAUGAACAGAACUUUAUGAGCAAGAGGUGGACACAAACUUACAGUUACAGGGGUUUUUUUUAAUUUCUUUUCAAUUUAAUUUUUUUUUAAACAUUUUUCUUAAAUGUCACUAUUUGACUGAUUCUAAAGUUAAAAUAUUGAUGCAAAAGGUCUCAUGAAAGGGAAAGCCUCCACAAUAAAGCCAUCUUACUUUGCUUUCAACAACU